AACGGGGAAACUGCUUGGCGAAGGCCGUAACAACAUGGACGUCUGUGGGAGCAUCUGACAACGCACGCCGAUCGCAUUUUACCGUUCACUCCCUGUCAGAGCUUUCCUUUUCACUGAUAUGAAGACGGUCGGAGUUUUAAAUAACUUAUCUAUUGAUUAACUGAUGAAUUACGACAUUUUAUUGCUUCUGCCCGGAUAUAUUAUCAACACCAGUUAAGAAUUCGUUGCAGUUGUGUGAUCUACGCAAAGGGGUUGGCCUGGCAAUACUUUUUUUUUUUCCUCCACAUAUAUCUCCGUAUAUUGUGUGAUUUGCGCCGCCCUCGGAGAAGGAAAACAAACUGGGAGGCCUGCACAAGUUAAUGGUAUAACUGUCAUCAGAAGGUUUGUUAAGUUAGCCAAGUGAAACUCUUACCAUGUUUCACCAAGGACAUUCUCACGCAUUAGCCCCUAUCUUGGCUAAAAAACUUCUGGACACCUUACAAACAGAUCUUCGGCAGUUGUCUUCUGAGGCCAAAAGAAAAUUCCCCAGUGUUAAAGAGCAUUCUGAGACUGCUCUCCUUAAAGUUCGAACUAUUGUCAAUCGGAAUGAAAAUGAAAUCAUCCCAGGUUUACAAUCUGUCAGUACAGAUUUGGUGCGGCCAUUUAUUAUGGGAUGUGAAACAAAGCAUUCAAAGCUAGUGCAGAUUGGAUUGUCUUCUAUACAAAAACUAAUUUCUCAUGAGGUUGUCGCUCAGCCUGCAGCAGAAAGCAUCAUUAAUAUGCUUUGGUUACUGAUGGAGACUGGAACCGAAGAAUUAAAAGUUCUACAGACAGCUCUGCUUCUUAUUACCACCAAUUCAGUUGUUCAACACGAUCAUUUAGCAAAGGCCCUUGUGUUGUGUUUCCGACUACAUUUCACCAAAGACAGUACAACCAUAAAUACUGCUGCAGCCACCAUCAAACAACUGGUCAACGUUGUGUUUGAGAGAGUGGUCAUUGAGGAUAACCAGUCCACCAAAGAAGUUAAUGGCAAUAUAUCUUUUGAAGAUUUGAAGAUAGGUAGUAAAACACCUCCAAAAUCUUUGCAGCCAUGUGCAGGAGACGCCUACUUGCUCUUUCAGGAUCUGUGCCAACUUGUGAAUGCUGAUCAACCCUACUGGCUCGUUGGAAUGACAGAAAUGACCCGCACGUUCGGGUUGGAACUUCUCGAAUCAGUCCUCACUACAUUCUCUAAUGUCUUCUUACGCCAUCCAGAGUUCAGUUUUAUGUUAAAAGAGCGUGUAUGUCCUUUGGUAAUCAAGCUGUUCUCACCGAGUCUCAAGUACAGACAGGGAGUGCCUCCACCUCCAUCACCUGCUCCUGUUGAAAAGCCUUUUUUUCCCAUUGUGAUGAGACUUCUUCGGAUUGUCUCUGUACUAAUAAAAUAUUACUACCAGCUUCUGGUAACUGAGUGUGAGAUCUUCCUGUCGUUACUUGUGAAAUUUCUUGAACCAGAAAAGCCGAGCUGGCAAAGAUGCCUCACUCUCGAGGUUUUACAUAAACUGACUGUUCAACCGGAAUUACUAAGAUCGUUUUGUGAAAGUUAUGAUAUGAAGCCCCAUUCGACAAAGAUUUUCCGUGAUUUAGUCAAUGCGAUUGGUUCUUUCAUACAGUCAAUGUUCCUAACCAACAUUACUGGAUAUGGAUAUAAUUCACAUGGUGUUUCCAAGGGCCAGGACAUGCAGGGAACACCCCCAGCACUAGUGGGGGGUCUGCCUGUAGGGAGUGGUGUCUCUCCACAGCCAGCUUUCAUGUACCGUGGCAUCUGGAUUCCGUUUAUCCUUACCAUACCCCAGGGACAGACCAAAUCAGUAUUUUUAGAGAUGCUAGAUAAGAUUGAACCGCCACCGAUAUCUGAAGGCUAUGGGCUGUCUCUCGCAUUCCAUUGCCUAAUGGAAAUAGUGAAAAGUGUGCAGUUUCUGAUCGAAGGAGGUGAAGCUGACGAUGGAAAAGAAGAAAUGGUUGAAUGUAAGAAAGCCCCGGCUAAUGCUGUAGAAGGUAGUGAAAUCAAAAAGAAGGAGCAGCAUUUACAUGGAGAAUUAAUCAAUUCAUCCUGGUGUGGAAUGCUAGCUUCUCUUUCCCUGCUUCUUGAUGCAAGUACUGAUGAGAGUGCAACUGAAUCCAUAUUAAAGUCACAACAGAUCUAUGCAAGUCUUUGCGGAAAGAUGUCCCUCAAUACAGCCAGGGAUGCAUUCAUCACAGCACUUUGUAAAGCAUCGUUGCCUCCACAUUAUGCCCUGACGAUACUCAAUACGAACCCAUCUGCUGGGGAUUCAAAUACUGCUGCUUCGCCACCCAAAGUUAACAAGAAUGCAAACCAGGAUGCUCAGUCAGUGGGAAUGGAAGCUGUUGAAAGAAGCCAAGUGGUUGUCGUGGGUACCGCGCUACCUACUGCAUCUCUACCUGUCGGCGCUCACGUUGGUCCUGUCAUGUUGACAGCAAAGAACAUCCAGUGUAUGCGAGCUCUCCUCAGUGUGGCUCACUGUCACGGUGGCAUUUUGGGAACAGCUUGGCAUCUUGUCCUUACAACUCUGCAGCAUUUAGUAUGGAUUUUGGGGUUAAAACCAUCAACUGGUGGCAGUUUAAAAGCUGGACAGCAGAUCAAUGAUGUUUCGAAUGCUGUUAUCACGACAGCCAUCAUGGCAGAUUUACCCGUUCUUUCAGCCAUGUUGUCAAGACUCUUUGAAAGUUCACAGUACCUUGAUGAUGUUGCGUUACACCAUCUCAUUGAUGCCUUAUGCAAACUCUCUUCUGAAUCAAUGGAAUUAGCUUAUUCAAACAGGGAACCCUCCCUGUUUGCUGUAGCUAAACUUCUUGAGACAGGACUUGUCAAUUUAUCCAGAGUUGAAGUUUUAUGGAAGCCAGUGACUGCUCAUCUUUUAGAGGUGUGUCAACAUACGCAUGCAGGUAUGAGGAGCUGGGGAGCUGAAGCUAUAACUUCUUUAGUAAAAGCUGCACUAAAUCACACCUAUGAUCCAUCUUUGCAUAGCAACUUGAAACUUCAGGCUGCAAUUCUGGCACCACUCCAGAAGUUGUCAUCCAUUACUCAUGCUGACAUUCGACAAAAGCAGUUGGACUGUGUCUUCCAGAUUUUGCAUAGUAAUGGAGAUACAUUGCUCCAUGGGUGGCCCUUGGUGUUAGGGGUAAUUGGAGCGCUUAAUAACGAUCAAAGUGAAAAAUUAAUCCAGAAUGCCUUUCAAAGUUUACAGCUGGUUGUAACUGACUUCUUACCUAUUAUUCCCUGCAAAUACUUGCUGGUUUGUGUUGAAGUGGCCUCGAAAUUUGGUCUUCAAAACCAGGAAUUGAAUGUCAGUCUAACUGCAAUUGGUCUUUUGUGGAACAUUGCUGACUAUUUCUACCAGAACCGUAAUAAGAUCCAGCAGGAGUUGGGUGGAGACUCUGGACAAUCGGAGGACCAGCCCAAUGCCGCCAUGCUACCGUUUGAUAGUCUAUGGAUGUGUCUCUUCUCUAAGCUUGGCGAACUGUGUGUUGACCAACGGCCAGCUACACGGAAAAGUGCUGGACAAACAUUAUUUUCAACCCUUUCCGCUCAUGGCAGUUUGCUUCAGAAAGAUACAUGGAAAAAAGUACUUUGGCAAGUUCUCUUCCCUUUGCUGGGAGAUGUGCAAAAACUUUCCAGUCGAGCGUCCACAUGCAAGGAGGAGUCAUCUACUGGUAAUAUCCUGAUCCACCACUCGCGAGAUACCGCAGAAAAGCAGUGGGCUGAAACCCGGGUCCUUACUUUAGCUGGAGUAGCACGCACCUUUAACUCAAAGCGAUCGAUUUUGCAAACAAUAGGUGAUUUUCCUCGUGCUUGGUCUCUUCUUCUGGAACACAUUGAAUAUUCGGCUCUUUGCCCGAACGCAGAGGUAUCUCUUGCUGCUCUGAAGAGUUUUCAAGAAAUCAUGCAAAUCAACCGGGAUUCGAAAGAGAAAACCGAGGACACUCGUGGUGGUCGUGGCAAUGUGAUACCCCCCAGUGAAGAGGUGAUGUGCCGAUCUGAAGACGAGACUCUCACUGCUUCCAAACUAUCUCAAAACGAAGGAUCAAAAAGUGAUAACGACCUAACUCUUUGGUCAACUGCCUGGCGUGUGUGGCUGAAUAUUGGAACAUUAUCUACAAAGGCACCAACUGGCAAAAGUCAGAAGCUGUAUAUUCCUUCUCAGUCCUUCCUCACGGCUCUUGUCCACACAUUUCCAUCUUUGUUUCACCAUAUUAAAUCCCGUUUUGUGGCUGCUGAUCUGCAAAAGCUCUCAACUGUUCUGCGCAGUGCUUUGUCAGUACCAGUCCAUGGUGACUUUUCCCCCUUCAUUAUACCAACAUACCCAGAGUUAACGAUUACCCCUUUGCAAGAAUCAACUCUCAAUGCCGUCCAAGUUCUAAUUAAGGCAAUAAAAACCGGCUCAGAUGCGAUGCAGAACAUGUACCCUGAUCUGUUUGAUCAGCUUCUUAUUUAUAUCGAAUAUGGUGUAAGACCCCCAAAAUAUGGAGACAUUGAAACUAAAAAUUUCGGAUCUGUUAAAGGCCCUCAAGUUGACUGGAUAACAAUGAAUUUUGUACCAUUUUCUGAGAAGACAAUUGAACUGGUCAUUGAAUUAUAUCGGAACACUGCCAAACACCCGGCUGUCAUACAAGCCCAUGUUCUUCAACAUAUAAUAAAGGCAUUCAGAUUACCUCUUGGACUCAAGUAUGGCUGCCCAUCACCAACCACCUGGAUGCUGUCUAUAAAUGCUCUCCUUACAAUUCUUAACAUUGGUUUACCAGUCGCUAGAAAACACGAAGCUGACUUUCAAGACAUGUGGCCAGAGUUGGCAUUAACUCUUGAAGAUUUCCUUUUCUCGAAAAACCCCUCUCUUCCUACUCUGUCAAUAGAAGAUUUCCAAAGAGAUGAAACGGUCGAUUGCAAGGUUGUUCAAGUCAUUAGAGAUGACGUUCUUCCGUUCGCUGGAACAAUGCCCAAAGAUUUUGUCAUGAAGAUCAUGGAUAUUCUUAAUAAAGGUUCCAUCCACUCAGCUACUUCUGAUUCCUUUAUCGACACCGAAUCCAGUCGCAAACUCAGGGAGGAGUUCGCGAAGGCUUGCUUUGAAACUCUGCUGCAGUUUUCUUUCAUUACUCGCACUGCUAACGAAGGCUCACUAACUAAGAUGGCCGUACAGUCCCUGUUGCAACGAUGUCAAGAAGUCGUGAAAAACUAUGUUGAAGAUGAACGUCUCAGUGGAAAGUGUCCUUUACCAAGACCCCGUUUAGCUGAAAUUGCUUCUGUUCUGAAGGCCAUAACGACUUUGCUAUUAAGUCUAAAGAAAGCUUCCCCAAACAAUGUGGAACCCAGUGUCUGGCAGCAGGUGAUACAGCUUUAUCCUUCCCUUGUGGAAUGCACCACCUCUUCUUCACCACAAGUGUGCAAAGCCCUCAAAGAAGCCCUUCAUGAAUACAAAGAUCUAUUAUCAUCACCAGGCCAUCAAAACGUACCCUGUUGAUAUGCUAUUGUGUGUGUACAUUGCUGAAGUAAGCAAACAAACUAAGAAACUAACAAGCAAGCAGUACUUCUCAGUCUGCUUCAGUUAUGGAAAUAAACUAAAAAAAAAUAAACUAGAAUAAAAAUUAAAAUAAAAUCUGGUACUAUGAAGGGUAUAUUGUAAACAUAGUUGAAUCAAUGAUUAAUGAACAAAAAAAGCCUGUUGAUUGUUAAGAGUAGACAAAAACUGAUGUGGGAAUACAUCAGGGAAAUAAAGGGAUUAACUGUAUUGAUUGCAUGGGAUUUGCAUACAGCUAUAUAAGA